AUGGCCGUCUCUAAGUCUGCUUCCAUUGUUGCUCUCAUGGCGAUGAUCAUCUCCGUCGUCGCAACCGUCGCUUCGGCUCAGUCUGAAGCUCCGGCGCCGAGCCCAGUUUCUGGAUCUGGUGCGAUGUCGCCGUCCUUCGUCUCCGCCGGUGUUGCAGCCGUCGCGGCUCUUGUUUUCGGGUCUGCUCUUCGGAUCUAA